AUGGUCACCGUCGAGGUCGGUCCUCCGAAGGAGAUCUUCGUGGUCCAUGAGAAGUUUUUUUGUCAGAAGUCACAGUAUUUUGCGAAGGCCAUGUCUGGAUCAUUCCUGGAGAGCGUCAAGCGAUUUGUCCAACUUCCUGAUGUCUCGCCUACUCUGUUUAGGAUAUUCAUCAAUUGGCUGUACUAUGGCAAACUCUGUUAUGCUGGGGAGGACGACGAGAAAACCGGAAUGAAUCUCCAAAACCUGGUGAUCCAGCCGGAAGAGAUUGGACUGAUACCGACUCGCUCCUCCAACUCAAUACGCAAAUCCAAAGUGGAAGAUGACGAAAAUGGCACAAAAUGUGUUACCAAGAGCCCCAAUAGCUCGACGGAGUUCGCACCCUCGACCAACGACAAAGCCGAUCGUGUGCCUGGAAAGACUCAUUCCAACGAGCCUCAGAACUGCUUACUGGACGGAGAUGAUCCUUCAACCUGGCCUCUUGAUGCACUAGCUAAGCUUUAUAUCUUUGCCGACAGAUUCGAUAGCCAUGAACUCAGAGUGCACACCGUCAACGCUCUGUGUGAUGCAUUGGCAAACAAAAGAGAGGGUCAUCGAGGCAUGAGCAACUGGCUAGUUCGCUACAUUUGCCUGAACACAACCGCCCAAUCCAUGCUUCGAAGACUUGCAAUCCACAGAAUCGUUUACAACGUCAGCUUCGAUCCCGAUACCGCAAAAUCGUUUCUCUGGGAAGAAUUGCCCAGCGAUUUCCUUGCUGCUGUGGUAAUCGCAAUGGGUAGAAGAUUGCCGGUACGCCAAUGUUCCACCUGUCAUCGCAGAGCAUUGGUUGAAGGUGGAAUAAUAGAGGUGGAUAUCGAUGAUGUGUGCAAGGAGGCAGAUUGCCCACCUUACGAGUCGGAUGCUUGUUUCUAUCACGAGCAUGCCAAUGACCAAGAGAAGGAGACUUGUUGUGCCCGUCGCACGGCCACCAAGUAGGAUCAAAUCGAUGAAACAGUCUCACAGACACUAACCUCCCUCGACUACACCCUACAUUCAUGUCUUCUCGGGGACAGGACUGUCGAGAGUAAGCUGUAUGCUUGGUGGAGGUCAGAGCUUGCAUCUUGGAAACGUCCACGAAGACACGCUCAAACGUCACAAAUAUUGUGCACUUCUACGGCGCUGGAAGAGAUGAUGAAGGUGACAGAUACUAGUACACGGAGAG